GUGAUGGCGUGUCUGUAGAGUGCUGGACUGUGAUUGGUCAGCGUGCUGUGCGCUCAUGGCGCGGUUGUUGUGUGCGGCACGCAGAUCAGCGGCUGCGCUCGCGCUGCUCGUCAGAGUAAAUAAAGCCGCUGCUCCAGCUCAGACUCUUCAUCUGUCUGCUCCACAACACACACUUCUGUACAGGCGGCUCAGUUCACCUGUAAGGAUGCCGGAGGUUAACGUGGAUCAUCUAGAUGAGAAACAGGUGCAGUUGCUUGCAGAGAUGUGCAUCCUCAUCGACGACAAUGACCGAAAGAUCGGAGCCGACAGCAAGAAAAACUGCCAUCUCAACUCAAACAUUGAUAAAGGAUUAUUGCAUCGAGCGUUCAGUGUUUUCCUGUUCAACAGCGAGGAAAAGCUGCUCCUUCAGCAGAGAUCCAAUGCCAAAAUCACUUUUCCAGGCUGUUUCACCAACACUUGCUGCAGUCACCCUCUCCACACGGCCAGUGAGCUGGAGGAGCAGGACGUCAUCGGGGUCCGGCGCGCCGCUCAGAGACGCCUGCAGGCCGAGCUGGGCAUCCCCUCCGAUCAGGUGCCUCCAGAAGAGAUGACCUAUCUGACCCGCAUCCACUACAAGGCCCAGUCAGACGGCGUCUGGGGCGAGCACGAGAUCGACUACAUCCUCUUCAUGCAGAAAGACGUGGAUCUGAAUCCAGACCCCAACGAGAUCCAGAGCCACUGCUAUGUGUCCAAAGAGGAGCUGAAGGAGCUCCUGGAGAAAGCCCAGAGGAAAGAGCUGGAGAUAACGCCCUGGUUCAGCCUGAUCGCAGACACCUUCCUCUUCAAGUGGUGGGACAACCUCCAUGACCUCAAACAGUUCAUCGACCACGACAGCAUCCACCGCAUGUAGGCCGCGUCUGGACAGCACUUUAACAGAAAAUAAAGAGACUGCACAGUUUGGCCAUGUCUUAUUGGACAGCCUUGGUUUGUAAAUGUUUAGACAAACAGAGAGUUUUAUUUUAGCAUUAACGUUCAGAUUACAACUUGAAUCCAGUUUUCAAACCGCUUCAUGAACACUGAGCAUUUUAUUGCUGACAAACACUGUCCGUUAUUGCCUAGUGUCACAUGAGAGCGGCUGUGCUUUGGAAGGAAUAUUUUGUGACUAAAACUAUCAGGACUCGCUGUGAGGCUUACAGUUAUCUCAAGUAAUUAUUAGAGAAGGAAAAUAAAAUGAGCUUUCUUCAUAGUCUGGUUUUUUGAACCCAUUCAUUUCUACAGUUUUAGAAAAUUAAUAUGUAAAAGUAUGAUGUAUUCAUUCAUACAUCACUUGUAUGUUUCACUCAAUACUAACUUUUAAUUAUAAGACAUGGUAUGUU